AUGGCUACCCACAACCUGGUAAACAUGGGGCAUCCCAUGCCCACUACUGCGAAGAAUGGUUUCAACAAUAGCUACACCACUGACUCCUCCUCGUCAACCCUCGUUUCGCCGACCGAGGGCCCGUCCAGUGCGGGAACCUCGUUCAACUCGGCGGGGGCGAACACGCCCCCAUUGCAGCUGGAGACCGGGUCUAUCGAGUUUCUACAGUCGAUGACUGCACUUUUGGGUCCAGUUCCAGGUGUGGGCUUGGAUCAGGAUCAGGGCUCAGCAUACACUUCCUCCGCGACGGCGCUGUUUGGUUCCCCAGCCCGUGGGGACCCUCAGGCUCCUACGCCUGGGCCAGUGGACUCUCAGCUCCUGCCGUUUAAUAUCAAUCUGGCUGGCACCCCUUUCACAGGGGCAACACCUCCUGAAACCUUCUCGUCCACUUUAGUCUUCCACGGGGACUCAGCUGCGCCUGCGUCCCCUAAUUGGGGCAUUGGCCUUGGUCCCCCCGUUCCAGUAUCUGAGUCAUGGAACAGCUUUGUGCCGUCUGCAAGCUGUGUGCCCUUCACGCAGAUUCCUUUAGGUGAUCCAUUGAGAGCUCUGGAGCAGGGCGAGGUGUUCAACCCCCAGCCGGAGAUAGUAUCUGCUCCAGACACCGUCAAGGAGCGUGACCGGCAUGAUGACGAUGAGCUGUUCUCUUUAGGAUCGCUCCCAGUGGAGACCCUGCCGCCCACCCAUGUCCUGUUCUACUUUGGAGUCCUGAGCAUCAUGGCUCGGUUGGCUCCUCAGUUCGUGUUCAAGAAGGGCGGCAAGGAUGGACAACAGGUUGGUGCCCGGCUUCUAGUCUACGGGCACACCAUUCUAGUCCCUCCAAUAUCGGAGUCAGUGUAUCUGGCCAGAGUGGUGGCUUGUCGCCGGGCUCUGAUCAAGAUACGCAAGUACAAUCCGCAAUGGCUGGUUCCUCCGCUACCGAGGAAUAGGCCCACUCGACCGGAGUGGAACUGGAUUCGGCUGCUUGAAGCGUUCUGUGUCGAAGUGGGCUGGCCUGCGCCUUCGUACGCUACGUCUAUCAUGGGAAACCUGUGGCACGGUGACCUGCUCGUCAACGGGUACUUCUUUCGCACUUUUCGGCAGUGCGAAAGUAUGGCCGAGGCUCAGAAUACUGUGUCCCAUAGUGCCAUGUACCAGCUGCUGGUCACUGAAAACAUUGACCCGGGCCAUGUCUUACCAACGGAGUCUCCCCUACUGACCCUGCAAGAGGUCAAGGGCCAUGUGGCAGCUCAUCCUGAGGACGAUUGUGUCCAUAUAUCACAGCCCUUCCUUGAGGCUACUGAAUUCGUGAACUCUCUUCCUGAAGGUGAUAUCCACAGAACUCCGGGUAGAACUUCCGGAGUGUCUGAGGGCAAGAUCGUCAAGCAGUCUGUAAAGUCACCGCAGCAACAGAACCAGAACCAGUCUCCCAAGGCUUCCACGAAGCGAGCUCCCCCGUCGCUGCCUCCUCCGAAGGGCAUAGCUCCGCGGCGUCUUGGCCGUGGUACCCGUCGAAAGAGGUCUAAGCCCCAACCUCCGCCUCCGCCUCCCAAGGCCAAAAGGAAGAAUAUGAACAAGGGCAAGAUCAUUGAUUUCGACAGGGCUUCUCAACGCCCAAAUGCGAACCUGGUUCCCUUGCAGAACUCCAGACUGACUCCUGUUGCCAUAACUCACGAGCCUGAAGUGGAUCCAUUGGCGACAUUGAAAGCUAUCCAGGACGGACUGGGGGCAUUAAGCCCCCAAGCCUCAUACUUCAGGUUGAUGAAGACAAUCUGCGCCGUCCUGAAAAUCUCCGAGCCUGAUAUCCGCUGCGAACCGAUCCCCAACCACACCCUGGGAUCCACGCACGUUGUCCGUGCACACUUCCAUGACCCCAGCCCGUACUUAACACGGGCCAGUCCUGUGCUGUUGGCCAACGUGCUUGGCCUGGGCGAUGAAGAUGCUCACUCGCUUGGCGUCAAAAAGGUUAUUCUCUUCCUGCUGAAAAUGUGUACGGACGAGGUUGGCUUUGGCAUCUUGGAUGAUACUUGGGCUUCGGAGUUGGGGCUGCUAUGUAAUCUGGAGAAGGAAAUUGGACAUCGAUUGAGGCAUGGGAAGUAG